UUCCACUGACAGACUGUAAAGGGCAGGGGAAGGGGCUGUGGCAGGCAAGUCUCCCAGCAGCUGAUACCAACUGCUCUAUAUAUAGCCUCCAGGGCCUGGCCGCUGCAUUAGAGCACACAGCCCGAACAACCAAGCCACAUGCGUUUUACUUUCUGGUAGUCAAAGGAAUAAGAAAGUAACUUCUCUUUUAGUUUAGCGCCAGAGUUAGAAUGAACAAGCCCAAAAUUGUCAGACCAGAGGAGAGUCAGCCAGCACAGGCGCUGUGGUUUGACAGAAAGAAAUAUGUCACCAUCAACUUCAUGGUUCAUAAACCUAAAGAUGUCCAGGUUGAUAUCCAGCCAGACAAAAUGAUUUUAUGCUGCAAAAACAGCACAGAUGAUGUGUUCUACAAUGUGCUGCACUUCUACGACAAAGUUCAAAUCCAUGACUCCAGAGAAAGAGUCUAUGACCGCACCAUCAAUGUCUUGCUAAGGAAGAUGAAGCCUGAUUAUGCAUGGCCUCGUCUCCAGAAGGAUGAAGCCAAGCCCAGCUGGAUUUCUGUAGACUUUGAUAACUGGAGGGACUGGGAGCAUGAAGAAGAUGAGGGAAAGGAAGAGUAUGAUAGAUACCUGGAUAUGAUCCAAGAAAUGGCUAACAGUAAUAAAGGAGCAACACCAGAUAUGGAUGAUCUUAGUGAUUCUGACUGAGACUCACAGUACCCUCUCUGCUGUGUUGGAGGCCACUAUAACUUUAUUGCUCAGGAUACUAAGGACAAUGCAGUGUUUGCUGAAGCUUUUAAUGUUUGCAGAUUAUUUGAUGUGUUAUUGUAUACUGUUUUUAUAUAUGUGAUAUUUUCUAUGGGAUUAUUUAUUGACAUAUUAUUGCCCACUGUACACUGACAUAUUGUCAGUUUUAAUAAAAACAAGUUUUGUCAGCCAUGGUUUGAAAGUCAUUACGAUAUGGUUAUACGAUAUUGGGGUAACAUCUGGGUAACAAAGUGACAUCACCAUGUUCCAUCAUCCAGAGCGCACGAAGAACCUCAUUUCAUCCCUUUACUUUGAACUGAGAACAUUAAACCACAAGAGAACAACUUAUCACUUCAACUGAAGUUAAAUAACUACAGAAUGCAGAAUAAAUUACACGGUACUGUACACAAGAUGGAGUGAUUCUGCAUCACUUAAUAAACAAUAAAAAAUGAAUGAAUGAAAUCAGAAAAAAAUGUGAUAAUGGGCUGCUUCUGCCCCUAGGCUGUGUGUUUUUGUAUGUAUGUAUAUACUACAUACACACUGCAAGUGUUAAAUAUUUGGUGGAACUAUAUCUGUUCUUUCAAUAAAAGUUAUUAGAAAAA